UAAGAAAACAGACACAGAGAUUAACAAGGGGCAUGUAGAUUUAGCCGAGAUGUUGCUAAUCCGACGGAGUCAACAUGCUGCAUUUCCGGAAGAAAUAAAGCUUCUGGAAACUGGGCGGCCACUCCUGAAGAAAUCUCCGCUAUACAAAAUCGCUGUACAACUUGACAAAAACGGAAUCAUCGUACUAAAUGCUAGAAUCGAUAAAAACACGCACAUGCCUGUUUUACAUGCGAAAGAAGAUUUCGUCAAGUUGUUAAUACAGCAUUUUCAUGCACUCUACAAUCACGGCAACCACGCGACCGUCAUCAACGAGUUGAAACAAAGAGCACCCCACGAAGAAGUUCUACAUACUUUACUGCUAGAAUCAGAGCACAUAGUCAAUUCCAGACCGCUGACACCAGUGAAUUCAGAUUUAGACAUCGAAGCCUUGACGCCGAACCACUUUCUUAUCGGUCGAUCAAGUGCUAUGUCGCCACUGGGUGUCUUCACAGACGCAACUAUGUCGCUCUCCUCGUGGAGAACAGCGCAAACGCUAGCCGACCAAUUUUGGAGGCGCUGGCAGCGGGAAUACCGACCCAGCCUCCUCCCCAGGCCCGGUGCUCAUCAAAACGUGAAGAGACUGCAUGAAGGUGACGUAGUCAUCAUUGCGGAUAGCUCCAUGCCACGAGGAACGUGGCCCAGAGGCGUAAUCGCCCAGCUAUUUCCUGGCCCAGGUGGUCAUGUGAGAGUGGCCAUUGUUCGCACACGCGCAGGUGACGUCCGCCGCCCAGUUUCUAGACUCAUCCCCAUUUACUCCGCGCAUGAAGACGGUGUUAACACACGUGGGGGAGACUGUCGUAAAUAGCUAUUAGGGUCAUGCAUGUGUUAGAUUAGUCUUUACGUUUAGGUUGCUAUUUUUACUUUUGUAUAUCAUGUUUUACUUUGUGCUCGUAUAUUAUGUUCAAUGAAUUGCGUGGAAUGUUUUAUAUCUAGUUAUAAGUCUAGGAUUCAUGCUCCUUUCAUACGUGCUUAAUAUUGUAUCUAUUUAUAAGUCUAGGAUUCGUGCUCCUUUCAUACGUGCUUAUAAUUAACGAGAUUGGCAGAAAUAAAUAAAACUCAC